AUGGACAAUGAUGUGGCCUCAGAAGGGCAGUCAGGGUACCGGCUGCUGCGGAGAGGCGGUGCAGCUUUCGAGCCCUGCAGCCUUCUCCCUGUGGUGGAUUUUGGCUGGCUGCGUGGCUCUGGACCUUCCCACCUUGUGAUCGAUAUAUUCCUCAGGAUCGGAUCACUCAAAAAUCACUACCUAUUCAGACACAAAAGCCAUCCAAGACGGUCUCGAAGAAGUGCCAUUCAUAUCACUAAAAGACUUUCUGAUGAUGAGCGGGUGUCAUGGGCAGAGCAGCAAUAUGAAAAAAAGCGAACUAAGCGUGCCACCGUGAGAGACUCAGCAGAAAAUCUGUUCAAUGAUCCUAUGUGGAAUCAGCAGUGGUAUCUGCAAGAUACAAGAAUAACUCCAUCCCUGCCCAAACUGGAUCUCCAUGUUAUUCCUGUAUGGCAAAAAGGCAUUACAGGCAAGGGUGUUGUCAUCACAGUACUGGACGAUGGCUUGGAGUGGAAUCACACUGACAUCUACACUAACUAUGAUCCCCAGGCAAGUUAUGAUUUCAAUGACAAUGAUCAUGAUCCCUUUCCUAGAUAUGACCCAACAAAUGAAAACAAGCAUGGGACAAGGUGUGCAGGAGAAAUUGCUAUGCAAGCCAACAACAGAAAAUGCGGAGUUGGAGUAGCCUACAAUUCCAGAGUUGGAGGUAUACGUAUGCUGGAUGGAAUAGUCACCGAUGCAAUUGAAGCCAGUUCUAUUGGUUUCAACCCAGAGCAUGUGGAUAUUUACAGUGCAAGCUGGGGCCCUAAUGAUGAUGGUAAAACCGUGGAGGGACCUGGGAGACUGGCACAGAAGGCUUUUGAGUAUGGGAUAAAACAGGGCCGAAACGGGAAAGGCUCCAUUUUCGUAUGGGCUUCUGGGAACGGAGGCCGUCAGGGUGACAACUGUGACUGUGAUGGUUACACUGAUAGUAUCUACACUAUCUCCAUUAGCAGUGCUUCUCAGCAAGGCCUUUCGCCUUGGUAUGCAGAGAAGUGCUCUUCAACUCUGGCCACAGCAUACAGCAGUGGGGAUUAUACUGACCAAAGAAUUACAAGUGCUGAUCUUCACAAUGAGUGUACAGAAACUCACACUGGCACCUCUAAAAUGGCAGGUAGUCCUGAAACAAUUAACCAGGGACAUUUUCUCAACAGCCCAAAUCUAACAUGGAGGGAUAUGCAGCACUUGGUAGUGUGGACCUCAGAAUAUGAUCCACUGGCUGGAAAUCCAGGAUGGAAAAAGAAUGGAGCGGGACUGAUGGUCAACAGCCGAUUUGGGUUUGGACUACUCAAUGCCAAUGCAUUGGUAGAUUUAGCUGAUCCCAAAAGAUGGAAAGGUGUACCAGAAAAGAGAGAGUGUAUUGUCAAAGACAAAAGCUUUGAACCAAGAUUAUUAAGAGCAAAUGAGGAAGUCAUCAUUGAAAUUCCCACAAAAGCCUGUGAGGGUCAAGAAAACUCCAUUGCAUCUCUGGAGCAUGUGCAGCUUGAGGCAACGAUUGAGUAUUCACGUAGAGGUGAUCUUCAUGUCACUCUGGUAUCUCCAUCAGGGACCAGCACUGUCUUACUGGCUGAGAGAGAGAGAGAUAAAUCUCCCAAUGGCUUUAAGAACUGGGACUUCAUGUCUGUCCACACGUGGGGAGAGAAUCCAACAGGCACCUGGGUUUUAAGAAUUACUGAUGAGUCCAGAAGAAUACAAAAUGAAGGAAGGAUUGUAAAUUGGAAAUUGAUUUUGCAUGGCACUGCUACCCGGCCUGAACAUAUGAAGCAGCCACGUGUAUACACGUCCUACAAUGCUGUGCAAAAUGACAGAAGAGGAGCGGAGAAGAUGACAGACUUCGUAGAGGACCAUACCACACAGGAGAACUUGAGUGAAACACCCGAAGUCACAGAAGAUACCAGCAGUAGCAGUGAUAAAGCAGAAGAUAAAAUCCCAUCAGAAGCUAUGCUACAUUUACUGCAAAGUGCUUUUAGCAGACAGAUGGCUCAGAAGCGACUGCCAAAGAAGACUGCAAGUGAGAAGCUAAAUAUUCCAUAUGAACACUUCUAUCAAGCCCUCGAAAAACUAAACAAGCCCUCCAAGUUGAGAGACUCAGAAGAAAGUCUGUACAGUGACUACGUUGAUCUUUUUUACAAUGCCAAACCAUACAAGCAUAGAGAUGAUAGACUCCUGCAAGCUUUGGUUGAUAUUAUAAAUGAAGGAAACUAA